AUGCGUACCACCCAGAGCAACGGCCAGAACGGGCAGAACGCCGCCCGCCAGCGCGGCACGCCCACCACCAUCAGCGUAAUCCUCAACUGCCUGACCUGCGGCAUGAUAGCCAAGGAUUACCGGCAGCCACAGUCUCCCCCGGCCCCCGAGGGUCCUGUUUGGCACCGCCCCACCGCGGACAUAUUCGACCCGGACGUGUUCACGGUGAUGGACCUGAACAUGACGCUGGACGAGUGGCAGCGGCUGCGCUUUGAAAGGAACAUUCGCCGGGAGACUGGGACCGACCGCCCUCCGCUCCCGAGAAUACUUGUCACUCCCCCCGCUUGA